UGCAAGUCCAAAACACGGAGAGGAGAAGAGAGUAGAGCAGCCGCCGGCAGACGACUUCUUUUCUCACGCAGUCAGCCUUGUUAGGUUUGCUCCUGCAAAAACAAGCUUCUUGGAGUCUCUCUCUCUCUCUCUCUCUCUCUCUCUCUCUCUCUCUCUCUCUCUCCAGAUGUGGCACGCUGUCUCAACAGUGCCCUCCAAGUUGGCUGCGGAGCCUUCGCCUGCCUGGAAAACUCAACUUGUGACACAGAUGGUCUGCACGACAUCUGCAAGUCCUUCCUGUUCAGUGCUGCUAAAUUUGACACUCAGGUACGCGCUUUGAUUCCAUCCAUCAUUCUGUGUGUUGGGCAGGGUUGCAUGGGUGUAACUGCCGGGGGGGCGAGAGUGUGUGAAGCGCUGCUGUUUUCUUCACAGGGUAAAGCAUUUGUCAAGGAGAGCCUAAAGUGCAUUGCCAACGGCGUCACCUCCAAGGCAUUCCCGACCAUCCGUCGCUGCUCCACCUUCCAAAGAAUGAUAACCGAAGUCCAGGAGGAGUGUUACAGCAAGCUGGACAUCUGCACCGUGGCCCGGUCGAAUCCCGAUGCUGUCGGUGAAGUGGCACAGCUGCCGAGUCAUUUCCCCAACAGGUUUUACGGCAAGCUGCUGCAGAGCCUGAUGGACUGUGACGAGGACACAGUGGACCGCAUUAGGACCAGCAUGGUGUCACGUCUGGGUCCUGAGAUGACCAUUCUCAUCCAGCUGCUGCAGAACAAGCCCUGCCCAUCCACUGCUGCAGCCGCGGCCGCCAUCCCCACCGGCGUGGAGAGUCGUGGGAGCUGGCGCUGGGCUGCAGGUCCCAAUAUGUACAAGAUCCAGCCUAAUCUGCGAAACAGAGACUCUGCCACUCAUUUAGGCAAAAAGCGCUCAGCUAGUGAUAACUCCUAACUUCCACUCUGAUCGAAACAAAGCUCCACACACUUUUCUCAAAGCAUCAUGAACGUCCCUCCAUUCCCCAGAGGUGCAAACCCAACCCUCUGCUAGAUUAUAAAUUACUGUAACACACACCUCUGUGGAAUACCAGACUGCCCAUGGAGUUUCUAUCGGUUUGUUUGUUGUUAUAUUAUAUAUCCUACUCGUUAGGCUCGAGAGAACCCCUCUUCCAUCAGCGGUUUUUAAAUAUGUCCGCUCAAAAGUCAGUGUUGAAUAUGUGGCUGUUGCGUUUGUGCAACAUAGUCCUGGUCACUUAUUUUCAUAUCCUCCAGCAAAAAUAUGUCUUUAACAAGUCUUUUGAUGCCUAUAGUUAAAAAAGACAAACAAUAAAUUAUAGUAAUGGCCCAUGCCAUUGGAGCACAAGCCAGUAGAUUAAAAGACAACAAAAUCA